AUGGAGAGAAUCUCGAGAUCUUCCAGGCUUGACUUCAGAAAUUUAGUUGUCUCCAUCAAAUCGAAGACAUUAUUGCACAGUGUGUCUGGAUUAGCAUCAAGUGGCGAUCUGCUGGCCGUGAUGGGACCUUCAGGUGCUGGAAAGACGACGUUACUAAAUGCCCUGGCAAGAAGAAUACCAUGUGAUUCCGGAACAAUCACUUUGAAUGGAAUGCCAUUCAACAAAGAACAGCGAGGCCGCCUUGGCUACGUAUCACAGACCGAUGUUUUCCUAUCCAACCUGACACUGUGGGAAACACUCUACUUUACAGCAAUGAUACGGAUACCAGAUGACGUACCGAAGCAAGAAAAAAUUGCGAAGAUACAAGCAAUAGUUGAAAUAUUGGGUCUACAGAUGUGCUUACAUACAAUUGUUGGUGAUCUUUGUCAUCGUGGCUUAUCAGGAGGAGAGAAGAAAAGAGCUAAUAUUGCCUGUGAGAUCCUAACAGAUCCGGACAUACUCCUCGUGGAUGAACCAACCUCCGGUUUAGAUUCGAGUUCUGCAAAUUCGUUGAUGCUACAAUUGAAACAAUAUGCCACGAAAUACAACAAAACGAUCAUAGCCUCUGUUCACCAGCCAUCCAGUCAGAUCUUCCACAUGUUCUCCAACCUGCUUUUGCUAAAGGAAGGGAAGAUGGUGUACUUUGGAUUAGCCGACAAAGUAUUACAGCAUUUUGUUAGUCUGGGGUUGACGUGUGAUAAACAUCAUAAUCCUGCCGACUUUCUCCUUCAGGUAUUGACAGCGGAUAGGAGCACAAAGGCAGACGACGAAGGCAACAGGGCGAAUCAUAGUCUUCAUCCCAUUCCGUUUGGUUCCGAUAUUGAAAACGGGCAUAAUCCUACAGAAAACGACAGAGAAAGAAGGAUAUGGACAUCAGGUGUGGAGCUAUUGUCAGUCAUGAUUAAAUCAUCGGAUGGAAGUACUACUAAUUGCAAUCACGUUCUGGAAGAGGAAAUGGCAAGCAGAUGGCCAACAUCUCUCUGGAACCAGUUCAAAUUACUCAGCUGGAGAUCAUACAGGCAAUCCAAGGGAAGGCUUCUUCACAAGUUUGAGGUGUUGUUAACUGCUUUCAUAGCUGCAUUUCUCAGCGUGAUCUUCUUUCAAGUUGAAGAUUCCAUCAUAACCGUCCGAGACAGAAUGGGUUUGGUGAUGUCGUCUCUGUUGUUCUGGUCCUUCAGAAUUGAAAUCCUGACCAUUUUAGGGUUUAAUGCAGACCGCGCUGUUCUCAGUAAAGACUAUGCUGCCGGGACGUACCGAAUGUUGGCCUAUUAUCUUGCAAAGAUGGCCAGUGAGAUGCCCCUUCUGUUAGUCUUGCCAUUCCUCUUUAAUACUGUUGUGUACUGGAUGACUGGUCUGGGAGGAGUGGACGGAUAUUUUGUUUUCCUCUGUAUUGGCACAUUAAACUGUCUACUGAUGCAGAGUGUUGCACACAACCUUGCAGUGCUGAUAAAAGACGUGAAACUCAGCACCAUGACUGGCAACGUGCUCAUCUUAGGGGGACUAGUUCUAGGUGGUUUCCUAAACAUCAAUCCCCCUGAGUGGCUGUUCUGGACGAAGUACCUCACACUUGCACACUACCCGUACGCCGCCGCCAUGACAUAUAUACUUAAGGAUAUGGAUGCCGUUUGGUGUAACCAAACAAGUGUGGGUAUCUACUUCAAGUGCAAGAGCGAGGCAACAGAAUUUCUGACCUCACGUGACAUACUCUUGGGGAUUGGUGUGGAUUUACCUAUAUAUUGCUACAUCUCGACCAUAGUGCUUGCCAUUUUUAUUUUCAAUGUGUUUGGUUAUUAUGCAUUGAAAUGGAAAGGAGAAUGA